GGAACAACUAUUAUUAAUAAAGACUUCAUUUACAUCAAAAACAAAAUGAAGGCUCUACUGUUGAUUUUCUUUGCUGUUUUAGUGUCUACUGAAUAUGUUCAAGGUGCAGCACUCAAGAAAAUUGUCGGUGAAUGGUUUAAGGAAACUCUUAGUAAGAUUUUAAAUCACUUCUUUCAAGGAGGUGUCUCAAACAUGCUUAAUCAUGCAAUAAACGAAUCUGUUGGAGAGAUGAUCGAUUCUCAAAGAAAAUUGAAUCCUGAAAGCAAAGAAGAAAAAGGAAAAGGAGCCAAGCCUGAUAACUCUGAUUUCCUAAGCGGACUGAUGGCCAAAACUCAAAAGCAACUUGGCGAUCAACUGAGCAACACUGCAAAUAACCUUUUAAAAGAUCUCUUAAAGACAGACGAAAAAGAAAAUGGAGUCAGUAAGACAACUGCGGGCACUCCACCAGCUUAUAGUGACACUGGAAGUGACUUUCUAAAAGGACUCCUAACCCAUGGUGACGAUGAGGAUGAUGAGGAUUAG